AUGGUAGGAGAUACAGUCGAAGAACGUGAUUUUGAAGAACAAUUGACCAUGCAGGAAUCGACUGUGAUUGAUCACAACCAUCCUCUAUACUUGCAUCCUUCUGAUGGACCGAAUUCGUUAUCGUUUGAAUUUCAGUUGAUCGGAAUGGAAAACUACACACUUUGGAGUCAAGCUAUGAAAGUUUCGUUGCUAACACGAAACAAGCUAGGUUUUGUGGACGGUUUGAUCGCCAAAGAUACCUUUGGAACGAGUGCUCGGUCAAUAAGGGAAGAUCUUCGUGAGAGGUUUGAUAAAGUGAAUUCUUCACGAAUGUAUUAUCUUCAUAAAGAAAUUUUUACCCUAACUCAGGGAACAUCAUCAGUAUCGGCGUAUUAUUCAAAGUUGAAGGAUUUAUGGGAUGAAUAUGACUCAAUUAUUCCAGCUCCUCCUUGUGACUGUGAAAAAUCAAAAAAACAUCUUGCGCAUCUACAGUAUCAACGUCUUUGGCAGUUUUUGAUAGGCUUGAAUGAUGGUUAUAGUCAAGCUCGAAGCCAAAUAUUAAUGAAGAGUAAAGCACCUUCUAUGAAUCAGGCCUAUGCCAUGAUUUUGCAAGAUAAAAGCCAAAGAAUUAUUGCUGGUAGUCAUACUGUUCCUAUUGAGUCUAUGGAACCAACAACCUUGUUCACUUCGUGGAAUAACACUCAGAAGCAACGAAGAAACUAUAAUGUCGAAUGUGAUUUUUAUCACAUGAAGGGCCACACUAGAGAAGGUUGCUACAAACUUAGGAAGUGUGACUAUUGUAACAUGAAAGGUCAUCUCAAGGAGAAUUGCUAUAAGAUCAUAGGUUAUCCGGCUGAUUUUAAAUCAAAGAAGAAAGGGGCUUCCAUCAGUGGUCACUUGGCUAAGACAGAAGUACAGUCAGUACAACAACCAACAAUGCCACAACCUCAUGUGGUUACACCUGAUCAGUAUAAUAAGAUUUUGCAAAAGAUAAACAACAAGAAGUCAUUUUUUUCAGAAUCUAGUGCUCAUAUGGCAGGUACAUCUUUUCCUAGUGUACAUAUGGCAGGUACUUCCUAUUAUAUUCCUACAAAGGAAUCUAGUUGGAUAAUGGAUACUGGUGCUACUAAUCACAUGAUUAGCAAUAACCAAUUGUUGUUAAAUGGUAUUGAAAUAGGAAGUUCAGGACAGGUUCAAAUGCCAACUGGAGAGACUGCUAGAAUUACUCAUGUUAGGGAUUGUGAUAUGCCUGGAGGUGAACUACUUAAGGAUGUAUUAUGUGUGCCCAAUUUUAAAUUCAAUCUUCUGUCAGUUUCAAAAGUGACAAAGGAUUUGAAUUGUUGUGCAGUAUUUUAUCCAGACUUCUUUGUAUUUCAGGAGCUCUUCAGUGGGAGGCUGAAGGCGAUUGGUAGAGAAAAUGAUGGGCUAUAUGUGUUGAAGACAAGGUCCAGGAAUGAUUUUCACACUCAUAGCAAAUCUAUGGCAGUACAAAAUAUUACAGACUCAGAGAUUUGGCAUAAACGACUAGGCCAUGUUCCUAUGAUCGACUUGGACUUUUUGAUGAGAGUUAAAUCAGAUGUUUCUUGUUUGUUAAAAUCAUUCAUUGUCAUGGUUCUGAAUCAGUUUGGAAAGCAUAUCAAAAUGGUUAGGUAUGAUAAUGGUGCAGAGUUCUUUAACUUACUUGUGGAUAUCUAUUCAAUACCUAUGGGAUUAUACACCAAAGGUCAUGUCCAUACACACCUCAGCAAAAUGGAGUGGUCGAACGAAAGCACAGACAUAUCCUUGAGACAGCUAGGGCCAUCAAGUUCCAAGAAGCUAAGAGUAAUAGGAUGCUUAGGUUAUGCCUCCACUCUAUCCAAGCAAGAUAAGUUCAGUCCCAGGGCUAUUAAGUCAGUCCUACUUGGCUAUGGUGUUUUUCAAAAGGGCUAUAAACUCUAUGAUCUUGAGACACACAAGGCAGUUGAUACUUGCCAAUUAUCUACAGAUGAUGUCACUAUUCAUGUCCAUCCUGAUCCAGUUGCUCCAAAUUCACAUGAUGAGGCUGGUCAUCCUGCUCCAGUUUCUCCAACUUCAUAUGAUGAGGCUAGUCAGCCAUCCACAGAAGCCACACAGCCUCUUCAUUCCUCUAAUAACGAGGCAACACUUCCUGAUUCAGUUCCUACUUCACAAUCAUCUUCACAAGAGGUUGUACCAGCACCACCUACAGAACUUCGCAAAUCUAACAGAACUUCCAAGCCUCCUAUAUGGAUGAAAGAUUUUGUUAUCCCUGACAAAUUUUCAGCAGAAGUUGAACCCACAACUUAUGCUCAAGCAGCUAAGGAUCCUCGCUGGGUUGAGGCUAUGCAACUUGAAAUCAAGGCUUUAGAGGAUAAUAACACCUCGAAAGUGGUUCCUUUACCAGAAGGCAGAAAGGCCAUCGGAUGCAAGUGGGUAUAUAAAAUCAAAUACAAGGCUACUGGGGAAGUUGAAAGAUUCAAGGCUCGAUUAGUAGCUAAAGGUUACAGCCUGCAUGAGGGUCUUGAUUAUGAAGAGACAUUAUCCCUUGUCGUUAAAAUGGUGACUGUACGAGCUGUUAUUUCUAUAGCUGCUAUCAAGCAUUGGAAUAUCCAUUAA